AUGGCCGUAGCGGACGACAGCGCGCUUGUAGGCGCUACCAGUCAGCUCGAUAUCAGUCAGAAUGGCUUGUCGAGGCGCAAUGGCGCGUUGCAGAGUCUGACGACCGACUCGGCGACAGUCGAGCUGGCACAGACAUUGCGAGACCCUACCGACUAUCAGUCGGAGCAAAAGCUCGCACGUCAACCGAUAGUCCAAGCUCAUGGCCAACGUGCGCUCCAAACUUUUCACGAAGCCGACCGAGACGAAGAUCUGCCGGACCGUACCUCGAUAGCACACGAUCCUCCGGAGCAGACGGGCAGAGCUGCCCCUGCUAGCACAGAGACAUCUGCCCGAGCUGACGAUCUGACGCCGGCACUUGGUCAGAUGAAUAGAAGUGCCCGACAGGAGCAGUCAGUUUCGAAGGGCAUGGUAGGCAUGCGCGUCAAAGGCUCGCCGGCCUCCUCAACGGCUUCUCAUGAGGGUCUCUCAUCGGGCUCUGCAAGAGUCAAGGCUCGCCGCAAGCUGUCUGCCACGCAGCAAGACGCACUUAAUUCUCCUUCGCCUCCUGCCGGCCAGAUAGGUUCGCCCGGAUCUCAGGCCAGCUCGUCGGGCAGCAGCAGUCUUUCCAAGCCUAUGGAGCGCCGAGCAUCCGGGCAGACAGUGGCUUCCUCGAGCGAUAAGACAGUAGUCGCAGGCGCGCCAACAUGCAUGAACUGCAAAACUCAGACAACGCCGCUAUGGCGAAGAGACGAAGCCGGUAACGUGCUCUGCAAUGCUUGCUCCCUCUACCAAAAGAUGAAAGGCGCGCCUCGACCCACUUAUCUCAAGACCGACGUCAUCAAGCAUCGCAACCGUGUCUCAAAGUCCACCGCGUCCGAAAAGAACGCCGCGAGCAAGAAGGCAGCCAAGAGCGAAGCGACCUCGCUGGAGCGUGCUGACAGCCAAGUUGGGCCAGUCAAGAAGAGCCGAUCAAAAUCUCGCAGAGGACGUGCAAGCGACGGUGCAGCGGCAGACAUGAAGUCUUCGCGCAGUCACUCGCUUCAGCGUCAGCCUGUCAGCGAUUCUCGUCCGUACCAACGUCCGCCUGGCGCAGAAAGGCCCUACGAUAAUGAUGUGGUCAUGCGCAAUGAUGAUGACGAUGACGACUACGACUAUGGCGAAGACGAUCUUGGGUCAGAGCCGCGUGUGUCACCGCCUGUUAUGUACUCGCGUGGACGAGGUCACUCUCCGCCCGGCUUGCAUUCCAACCACAGCUCGAUCUCUCGCCGUGCAGAGCCAUACCCUUCUUCGAUGACGGCUCGCGCGCAAUCCCGAGAUGCAUCUCGCAGUAGAGUGAGAGGGGAGCAUGCAGAUGACCGUAAUGGUCCACCAAGCACGAUCUACGGCAUCCCGUCGCGAGACCAGGCGAGGGCAUGGCCGGCCGGAGGGAUGUCCUCACCACCUGGUGCAAAGAGACCCGUCUCCUUACCGCCUGCAAUUAUGAAUAACUCGCCGGCAUCCGCAUAUAAUUAUCGACCUUAUACGCCUUAUUACAUGGAUGGUCAGGUCGUAGGCAUGCCUUCGAUGUAUCGUGCGCCUCAGCAAGCUGCAACGUCGCAAGUACGCUUGCCGGCUUCGGUCGACAGCCACCGCCGUCAACCGGAGAACAACGUCUUGCCGCCUAUUCGAGCACGGCAGGGCGAUAGCGCGGUGCGGCACCAUGUAUCGACUGAUGACGACCGUGGCAGGCAACGCGAGCGUUUGCCAGGCUUCCAGACCGUCUCCUCUGGCUCUGGCUCCGGCUCGGAUCCGUCCCCGACACAGCAAGCUGAUCUCGUUCAGCCCCUGUCAUCGAAUCAGGCGCAAGCACAGGCAAUGCAGCAAGAGCAUUAUUACCAUCAAGUCCAUGCGAAUCACCAGCGCGCGAUGGCUGAGCAAGUGGCGCAUAACCGCUUCGAAAGUCGUUCAUCCAGAGGCAGCAAUUCGCGUUCCCAUAGCGGCUCUCGUGGUCGAUCCGAUACAUCUGGGCGAUCACUCAGUCGUGCUAGUCAUCUCAGCACCGAGCUGACGCGACCACGAAGCACAUCGCCUGUUGACUCGGAUGAUGACUUGCCGGGACAUCCGCACAAAAGGCGACCUGCCGUCAUGGGGGGCGAUCUGCAUAUGCACGCGUCACCUACUCAACAAGCUGGCUUACCACGACUUGCUUCUCCAGAUGGCCGGGACUCCCGCGGACGAUCGGCCACUCGGCGGCAAGACCCGAGUCUAGCGAUGAUGGCAGAGCAUACUGUCAUGGAUCGUUCCCAGGAUCGCUACAUGAUCUCGCAGCAAACAGCUCAUCAUCGAGCUCUGCCGGUUCCUUACGCUCCCCUGUCCGACCCUUCAUCUGUGGGGUAUGAUCUUCGACACGGUAGUCAUGAAUCGAGCUCCGUCUCGCAUUCCGAUGAGAUAGACGCCUUGCGGACUCGCGUCGCUGAGCUCGAGGUCAUCAAUGGCAUCUACGAAAAUCGCCUCGGUCAGCUUGACCAGGCGCAACAUUCCAGCGCUGCACGCUCUCCACAGUCACAUACGAGCUCUUCCCACAGUCAACCUGAGGGCAUACAGACUGAGGAAGGGUUACGGCAAGAACUAGAGAAGCACGGCAUCUCUGGCCUGACUGGCGAAUCCGGUCGCGCAAUGCUCCGCUUGCUCUCUCAAAAGUUUGGCGUCACCGCCGGCGCUCUUGCAGAGGCGACUGCACAGCCAAACGUAUAG